AUGGCUCGAGAAGACCCUCUUCUAGCUCCACGGCCAUCGUCGGAGCAAUCAUCCGUCCGAAAUGCCGAGGAGGAAGACGCCCUGCUCACCGGCGAACGCACCAACCGCCGCGAUCAACGUCGGGGGUGGGGAUUCUGGAGAGAAGUCGGCCUCUUCGCCUGGGCCCUGAUAGCAACCGUCGCUGUCAUCGUCAUCGCAGUCGUCUACCAACAUGAAUCGAGUCGCACACGGAGUCAUGAAAAGGACCCCUGGGGCCCUGGAGGAAAACCGACCGGCAAACGCAACCUUGUCUUCAUGGUGUCUGACGGAAUGGGCCCAACCAGCCUUACCCUGACUCGGAGCUUCAAGCAGCUCACACAGGGACUCCCAGCCGAUGAAAUCCUCGCGCUGGACAAGCAUAUCCUGGGUACAUCGCGGACGAGAUCCAGCUCGAGCUUGGUCACCGACUCGGCUGCCGGCGCGACGGCCUUCUCGUGCGGAGCGAAGAGUUACAACGGCGCUAUCUCUGUGCUCCCUGACCACUCUCCCUGUGGAACAGUGCUCGAGGCUGCCUCGCUAGCAGGUUACAAGACCGGGUUGGUGGUGACGACUCGUAUCACUGAUGCUACGCCGGCUUGUUUCGCGUCUCACGUCAACCUCCGGCAGUACGAGGACCAGAUUGCGGAGCAAGAGAUUGGUGAGCAUCCGCUGGGCCGAGUGGUGGAUCUUAUCAUGGGUGGUGGACGGUGUCAUUUCCUGCCUAAUUCAACGGAGGGUAGCUGUCGGGCUGACGACCGGGAUCUGGUGGCCAUCGCCCAGGAUAAGGGGUUCAGCUACAUCGACGACCGAAAGGGGUUCGAUGCUCUCAAUGACGGGACACAAGCAAAGCUGCCUCUCCUAGGGCUGUUCGCAGAGAAAGACAUUCCUUUCGAAAUUGACCGUCGCACUCAGAAUGACGUGUAUCCCUCUCUGGACGAAAUGGCCCGUUCCGCCCUGCAAAUACUCAGUGAAGCUACGAAGGACAGCGAGCAAGGGUUCUUCCUCAUGAUCGAGGGCUCCCGCAUCGACCACGCAGGACACGGCAAUGACCCGGCCGCUCAAGUCAACGAAGUCCUCGCCUACGACAAGGCCUUUGCUACGGUCGUUGAGUUCCUCGAGCAGGACUCAACACCAGGUGUUCUAGUCGGCACAUCUGACCACGAAACUGGCGGCCUUGCUGUCGCCCGCCAGCUGCAUACAACCUACCCAGAAUACCUCUGGCUUCCUGGCGUUCUCGCCAACGCAAGCCACUCUUCUGAAUUCGCUGAAAAGGAGCUGCAAGACUACCUCAAGGAUGGUCAUGGGAAAUCCGCCCAAGAAGCCUACACCCGGGAACUUCUCAAAAAGGCAUUAGGUGUCGAAGACCCUUCCCAGGGAGAAAUAGACGCUCUCCUGGACCCUGACAAUGAAAUCCCACCAUCCUACGUCUUCGCCGAUAUCAUCAGUCGCAGAGCCCAAGUCGGCUGGUCAACGCACGGCCAUUCCGGCGUCGACGUAAACAUCUACGCAUCCUCCUCUCAAGAUGCCUGGCCCCUCCAAGGCAACCACGAAAACACCGAAGUCGGCAGCUUCCUCGCCGACUACCUCGACCUGGACAUCAACGCGAUCACCAAGCGUCUCCAGGAAUCCAAGUUCUGGUCCGCCUCUGCCUCCACCCCCAACGAGGGAGCCGAAAGCCAAGGCGAAAGCUUCAGCUGGAUGGGAAACCCGCUCGGCGACGACGUUCGCAUCGAUGGCCUCGAUACGUACCAUGGCGAUUACAAGCGGAAACGCUCUUUUGGAGCUGACGAGUGUGGCUGUGGAGCUGCUCACUGA